AGCCUCUCAAGCGACGUGAGCGCUUCCAUAUCUCCCCCUCUGGUCUCUGGAUCCACCUCUUCAACCGAAGAAAGUGAAACGAAAACGGGCGUUUUUUCAGCGAAUCUCCCGUCCCAAAACAUCGCUUCUGUUUCUGAUAUAAAUACCGCAGUUACAACAGGAGGAGACCAAACCGCCGCGCAGCAUGGGGGGCUACGAGGAGAAGAAGGAGCCGUGUGGCACCGUGUGCCUGAAGUACCUGCUGUUCGCCUUCAACUUCUUCUUCUGGCUGGCGGGCGGCGCCGUGAUGGCGGUGGGCAUCUGGACCUUGGUGGAGAAGAGCGACUACAUCAGCCUGCUCUCCUCCAAGACCUACGCCGCCUCCGCCUACAUCCUGGUCCUGGCCGGCAUCAUCGUCAUGGUGACGGGUGUGCUGGGCUGCUGCGCCACCUUCAGGGAGCAGAGGAAACUGCUGCUCGUGUACUUCAUCCUGCUGCUGUGUAUCUUCCUGUUGGAGAUCCUGGCUGGCGUCCUGGCUUAUGUCUACAAUCAGCAGUUGAAUGUGGAGCUGAAGCAGAACCUGAGAGAGACCAUGACCCAGAAGUAUAAACAGAGCUCCCAAGAGCACGUCACCAGGGCCGUGGACGAUCUGCAGCAGGAGUUCAAGUGCUGCGGCAGCAACGGCUCGUCGGACUGGGCCGAGAGCGCCUGGAUCCGCUCCAGGGACGCCAACGGCCGCAUGGUGCCCGACAGCUGCUGCAAGACCAUCGGUGAGCUGUGCGGCCGCAGGGACCACCCGUCCAACAUCUACAAGGUAGAGGGAGGCUGCAUCACUAAGCUGGAGGAAUUCAUCCUGGACCACCUGAAGAUCAUCGGAGGGGUGGGCGUCGGGAUCGCUUGUGUGCAGGUCAUAGGGAUGGUGUUCACCUGCUACCUGUAUCAAAGUCUCAAGGCAGAGCCGUACUAAGAGGAGCAGAAGAAGAGUGUGUGUGUGUGUGUGUGUGUGAAUGAGUUAACUCCAUCUCACACACACUCCAAUAUCUUGAAUAACGUUGUCUUUGCUUUGCACGGGGACGGGAACACUUGGCGAGGGAUCAGAUGGCACGUCUGAGAUCUCAUUUACAGGGAGGGCAAGGAAACACGACAAGUAAUUAAGAAUGUUCCCAGAGAGAGAGAAAGAGAGAGAGAGAGUAAUUUAGCGUAGCACAGCCUCGUCUGGACUAAAACACUGUUGUUUAAUUCUGCUCCUGAUCGUCUCUUAGAGGAAACAUUACCCCCCCCCCCCCCUCCACCUCCACCUCCAAUUCCGUUGUGGCCUUACUUUAAGAAACUAAACCGUUUCUCUUAUCUUUUGUAAACGCUCGCUUUGAACACUCAUCCCUGAAGGCGUCUCCAUAGCGACACUCAGAGGAUCGUCUGCUCGGCCUCGGCGGAGUGACGGUAAACCCCUCUUCUCAGCGGCGUGAUCCAGAUAUGACUCGUGUUUUUGUUUUAUGUAUAAAUAAUAUAAAUAAGGAUUUAUCCACUGAUGCCAAAGUUCUCUGUGUGAGGACCUCCUGUGUCUCCUCGCGCCUGAUUGGUCGACUGGCGUCUGGCUCUUUUGCCCCCCAGAUUGUUGUCAUAGAUGAAGAUUUUUUGUUUUUGUUUAUAUUUCUAACGCCCGUCACUGUUAUUGUAUUUAAGGGGCACGUGGGCGGGGCCUGAACCCCCCCCCCCCCCCCCGCGUGCCUCCAGGCCGACACUGAAUUAACCUGCUGUACUUCUUUCUGUGUGAUGUUCCAGGAGGAGUUUUUAAGUUUGAAUAAAAUGUUGAUCAACAACAACAA